AUUCUGCACGACAAGAAAUUAAUCUAUACAAUCGCUAAAUGAGUUCUAAGAUAUUUACAAGUCUGUGUUCAAAAUUCAUGUGGAUUUUUGGAGUAGACCGGAGUGGAUAUUUAACCUCACUCCCAACGACAAUAAAAAAAUAAGGGAGACAAGGGAAAUUACCUGAAAAUGUUGCCACGAGACACGGGUAAGACUGACUACAUAAGUUUGAAUAUAAAUGAUCCUGGAACUUACCUGAAACCAUCGAGAAGCCUGUGGAGAAAAUGGAAUCAGAUGUCGAGAUUUCAACGUAAUGUUUUUUGGUUCCUAGUCAUCACGAUUCUUCUCAUUUUAUUUUAUCUCCUUCCUGGUGACACAAAAAAUAUUAUUCUCGAAGACACCAAUGAUUACGUCAAUGGUAAAGUGAUUGAGGUGACUUCAAAGGUGGAUAAAGCUCAAGAGGAAGUGGUGGUGGUGGUGGACAGUGAAAAUCAGGGUGUAGGUCCAGGUGGCGGUGGCGAGGUCAUCGAAGAGCCUGAAUUUCAACCUGAGAUCAAUCAGGUUGACGAUGAUCAGAUCAACGAACCUCCACAACCCAAACCCAAUGCUGUGGUUUUCCAUGGGCCUCAGAAUGACAGGCAGAAGGCCAUUGUCAGGGCUUUCAAACAUUCGUGGGAUGGAUAUGUAAAAUAUGCUUGGGGACAUGAUAAUGUUAAACCUAUCUCGAGAGGAUAUCACGAAUGGUUUGGCUUGGGACUCACCAUCGUCGACGCUCUGGACACCAUGUACAUUAUGGGACUUGGAGAAGAAUUCAAACGGGCCCGUUCUUGGAUAGAGGAGAAUCUGGUUUUCCACAAUAACCGAGACGUAAACCUCUUUGAAGUUACUAUAAGAGUCCUGGGGGGUCUGCUAUCUGCAUAUCAUCUCUCUGGCGAUAAAAUAUUCCUCGAUAAAGCCAUUGACCUGGGUGAUAGAAUGAUGCCAGCAUUUUCAACAAGAUCUGGAGUACCUUAUUCAGACGUUAACUUGGGAACAAAGAGUGCUCAUCAUCCUAAAUGGGGACCUGACAGUAGUACCAGUGAGGUAACGUCAAUUCAACUGGAAUUUCGAGAGCUCAGUAGAAUUACAGGUCAACCGAGAUUCGAGGCUGCUGUUUCCAAAGUCUCAGAACACGUUCAUAAUUUGGAUAAAUACGAUGGGUUAGUGCCAAUAUUUAUCAAUGCGAAUACUGGAUUAUUCAGGGAAUAUGCGACUAUUACACUUGGGGCUCGUGGAGACAGUUACUACGAGUACUUAUUAAAACAGUGGGUACAAACUGGCAGGACAAUUGAUUAUUUGAGGGAUGAUUAUGUUGCUGGCAUUCAGGGGACCCAGAAGCACUUGGUGAGACGAACGGCGAAGGAUAAAUAUUUAUUUAUUGCUGAAUUAAUUGGGGCCUCCAGGGAUAUGAAACCUAAGAUGGAUCAUUUAACUUGUUAUUUACCGGGGACACUAGCUUUGGGGGUUCAUAAUGGUCUUCCAGCUGAGCAUAUGGAUUUUGCCAAAGAAUUAACCAGGACUUGCUAUCAAACACACCUCAUACAGCCCACAUUUCUUGCCCCAGAAAUCACUUAUUUCAAUGUUCAAGAUAGUGAUAUUGAGGAGAGAGAGAGUCAGAUGGAUAUGUACAUCAAGACAACAGAUGCUCAUAAUUUAUUACGUCCCGAAUUCAUCGAGAGUCUCUUCUACAUGUGGUACUUCACUGGGAAUAAGACUUAUCAAGACUGGGGUUGGCUGAUAUUUCAAGGCUUUGAGAAUUACACAAAAGUUGAGAAUGGCUAUACAAGCAUUGGAAAUGUCAGAAAUCCCCAGAAUACACGACCCAGGGAUAUGACUGAGAGUUUUUGGUUCGGUGAGACACUGAAAUACUUUUAUCUCUUAUUUGAUGACACCAGACAGCUCAUAAAUCUUGAUAGAUGGGUUUUUAAUUCCGAGGGACAUCCUCUGCCAGUUCACGAAUCAUAACAACUUAAUUGUUUAAUUCGAUGAUAAUAUUUCCUGUUUACCGGAGGGGUACAGGCAUUGGGAAACAUGAGGCCAGUGGGAAUGGUAUUUUUAAGAGUACUUAAAAUCUUUGAAAAGAAAUUCCUCAGAUAUACCUUAUCUGGAAGGUUGAGUGUUUAAUAAACGUGCGAGAUCUCUUCUUUUGUAAAAAAAAAACACGAAACGUCUAGUCGUCAUUCAUGUUGUUGCUAAUUUAUGUCAAGCCCAAUGUUUCGUGCCAGACACCUUGGCAUUCUUUUUAAUGAAUUGUCAUUUUUCACAUUGUGACAAAUGUGAAUUACCAAAUUUUACACAUUGAUUUCCAAUUUUUUAUUCAGAAUAAUUUUUUAAAAGACGAACGAACUUUCAGUGGAAUUCAGUUAAGUAGAAUCGCUUGGCACAGUUAAUUGUAAAUAAACUAGUUGAUGAUUUUGAUAUUGAAUUACUAUGCCUGAGACUCAACUUUGAGUCCCAUAAAAUCCUCUUAGUCGUGUCUCAGCCAUUAGAAUAAAUGAGCCAUUGUAUAAAGAUUAAAUAAAAACUCAAGUAGCAACCUA